AUCAAUAAAAUAUGUCAUAGACUACGGAAGAAAGUCAUAGAUACAGGUCAGCUGACACAACUUUUAAUUUUUAUCAUUGGUCUUGUGAUAAGUUGUGAUCUCCGCCAUUCUCAGAUCGCCUAUUCCAUCUUUCUAGUCCUGUCCUAAAAGAAUAAUCUUUGAAAAUGGCGGCUAAGGGCGGUUUGAAGACAAUCGCCAAUGAGGAGAAUGAAGAGAGAUUCGGAUAUGUAUUUGCUGUGUCCGGUCCUGUCGUAACGGCGGAGAAGAUGUCCGGCUCUGCUAUGUACGAGCUGGUGCGCGUCGGCUACAAUGAGCUCGUAGGAGAGAUCAUCCGUCUGGAGGGAGACAUGGCCACCAUUCAGGUAUACGAAGAAACCUCAGGUGUGACCGUUGGUGACCCGGUACUGCGCACAGGCAAGCCCCUCUCUGUGGAGUUGGGCCCUGGUAUCCUGGGCUCCAUCUUUGACGGUAUCCAGCGUCCACUGAAGGACAUCAACGAGCUCACCCAGUCUAUCUACAUUCCCAAGGGUGUGAAUGUGCCCUGUUUGGCUCGGGAGGUCAAUUGGGAGUUCAACCCCCUCAAUGUUAAGGUGGGCUCGCACAUCACGGGCGGAGACCUGUACGGUAUCGUGCACGAGAACACGCUGGUGAAGCACAAGAUGCUGAUGCCGCCGCGCGCCAAGGGCACCGUCACCUACAUCGCGCCCUCCGGCAACUACAAAGUUACCGAUAUCGUCUUAGAAACAGAGUUCGACGGCGAGAAGAACCAAUACAGCAUGUUGCAAGUGUGGCCGGUGCGUCAACCGCGGCCAUGCACUGAGAAGCUGCCCGCCAACCAUCCGCUGCUCACCGGACAGAGAGUGCUGGACUCGCUCUUCCCCUGCGUCCAGGGUGGAACCACGGCCAUCCCCGGAGCCUUCGGUUGCGGCAAGACUGUCAUCUCACAGGCGCUGUCCAAGUACUCCAACUCUGACGUCAUCAUCUACGUCGGGUGCGGCGAGCGUGGUAACGAGAUGUCUGAAGUAUUGCGGGACUUCCCUGAGCUGACGGUGGAGAUCGAAGGCGUGACGGAGUCCAUCAUGAAGCGUACCGCGCUGGUCGCCAACACGUCCAACAUGCCUGUCGCUGCCCGUGAGGCCUCCAUCUACACCGGCAUCACCCUGUCGGAAUACUUCCGCGACAUGGGCUACAACGUGUCCAUGAUGGCUGACUCCACGUCCCGUUGGGCCGAAGCCCUGCGUGAAAUCUCCGGGCGUCUGGCCGAGAUGCCGGCAGACUCGGGCUACCCCGCCUACCUGGGCGCGCGGCUCGCCUCCUUCUACGAGAGAGCCGGACGAGUCAAGUGUCUCGGAAACCCUGACAGAGAAGGUUCCGUGUCCAUCGUGGGCGCCGUGUCGCCCCCCGGAGGUGACUUCUCGGACCCCGUGACGGCCGCCACCCUCGGUAUCGUGCAGGUGUUCUGGGGGCUGGACAAGAAGCUGGCGCAGAGGAAGCACUUCCCCUCCAUCAACUGGCUCAUCUCGUACAGCAAAUACAUGCGCGCUCUGGAUGAUUUCUAUGAGAAGAACUACGCUGAAUUCGUACCUCUCAGGACUAAGGUCAAGGAGAUCCUACAAGAAGAGGAGGAUCUGUCAGAAAUCGUGCAGCUGGUCGGCAAGGCGUCGCUCGCUGAGACAGACAAGAUCACCCUCGAGGUGGCCAAGCUCUUGAAGGACGACUUCUUACAACAGAACAGCUACUCGGCGUACGAUCGCUUCUGUCCGUUCUACAAGACGGUGGGCAUGCUGAAGAACAUCAUCGCGUUCUACGACAUGUCGCGCCACGCCGUGGAGUCCACCGCGCAGUCCGACAACAAGGUCACGUGGAACGUCAUCCGCGACGCCAUGAACAACGUGCUCUACCAACUCUCCUCCAUGAAGUUCAAGGACCCAGUGAAAGACGGCGAAGCCAAGAUCAGGGCGGACUUCGACCAACUCCUCGAGGACAUGUCCGCCGCCUUCCGCAACCUGGAGGACUAGACCCGCAGCCGCCAUGUCUAUAUUACUAUUUAGGGUUACGUCGCAAAAAAGUAUCGAUAUGUCGAGAAUCGAUACUUUGUUAAAUAUAGUCUUGAAAACACUAUUUAUGUGACUUUAAACUGUUUCCAGUAGCGUCUGCGUAGUGAAGGUGUAAUCCUAAACGCGUGCGAUAUUUCGAUGAUAAAAUAUUCAUUAAUAAUUUUGGUCGAAUUUUCGCACAUGUCUACAAAAUAAUUAUUAAAAAAAAUGCAGUGCUAUAUUGAAGAUUGUUUGAAAGCCGUCGUAUUUACCAGUUUAUUAUAAGCGUUUAGUGUAGUGACGAUGUUAUAAUGUAAUUCCAGUACUGUUGACGUUUUCCCGGGACGCGACGUCCUGUUGAAGAUUUAGCGGGACGUGUAACCUGGUGUCCCGAUUUGUGUCCCGCUUUCUGUAAAUAGAAACGCUCGCGCGGAGCCUCGACGUGCCGCGGGGGGAUCGUUAGUUAUUUAUAUUAUUAUUGAUUAUUAAUUAUUAAAAUAUUUAUAUAUUAUUAUUAUUUACUAACGAAUUGUAUUUUUUCGCCCACUGUUUGUGUGAUUUUUUUCAAAUAAUCCUGGUGCAUUCCAACUUUAUAUUUAGAUGUUACAAAAGGCAAAUCGGGUCUUUAACAUUGACCGACUUCGAGGAAGGCGGGUUCUUUGAUUCGAUGCGUGUAUAAAAUCUGCAAUCUUGGCAUUUUCCGUAUAUUUAUUUGUGUUGAUUUUGUUGUUUUUUUUCGAUGUUCAGUAUUAUUCCGAGUCCGCAGAUGUCCGAGCGGCCGCCAGGUCGAGUGUACAAAAUAUAUUCUACAAUAUAAAGUAUAUUUGCCGUUUGAACUUGAUACGUGUUGAUAGGACGAAGUUAUAAAUAAAAUAUUAAUUUUAAAA